AUGUCUUGGGUGGUGCAGAGAGCAGAGGGGGGACUUGUGAAGAUGGUCGAUGGUAGUACUGAAACAAGGGAGGGGGUACUUUGGGAUCAAGUCUCGACCAAGGCGCCCUCGGUGCAGUUGCAGGCUUGUGACGAAGUAGCGGCGGCAAAUGUGGACAUUCAGCCACAGCCACCGCCACAGCCACCGCCACACCUACACCACCGCCACCGCCACCGCCACACCUACACCUACACCACAGCCACAGCCACAGCCACAGCCACCGUCACACCUACACCUUUCACACCUACACCCACCCACACCUACACCCACACCCACCCCCAUCCCCUCCACCCCUCCACCCCCUCCCAAUCUCCAAAUCUCCAAUCCCUCUACCCACUCGCAGAAUUUGGAGAAAACAGUGGGGCUAUCCACUCCCUUGUAACCUCAACGGAUAGCGGUGCAUUCCAGCGUGCGGAGGUGGAGAGCGCGACACGACCUGGGGGGGUGUCUCCAUCCACCAUCAGCACAGGCGGAGAUUACACCACCACUGUCCAGUACAGUCACAUGUCUCUUUGCCGAGAUGCCGAGAAUUCCACGUCCGUGCGUGCUUCAUCUCAGGCUACUGUCUGCUCAGCUCACUCACCAUAGCGAGGUCCGAUCGAUCGCCCCCAACGCUUCCCCUCUUCGGCCGCCUGUGAAAGGGGGGGGGAUUAGACUUUCCUACCCUUGGCUGGCUAUUUUCUCUUUCUCUCCUGGGCCUGCGCGGCCCG